AUGCGAGUUAGUCACUCGGCAUUGUGGAAAGCGUGUCUUCGAGCUAUGAGUAUCGGGUCUUUCCUUGCAUGUGGCGGAUUGGCAGUAACAUUGGUCUGUAUUAAGAACCCAACAAUAAUUCUGAAUCGUCCCUCAUUAAUUAUACAGGCAUGUGCUUUUAUCACCGGUGGUAUCAAUCAGAUUGUGAUGCUGAUAAUAUCAAGCAGGUUCUUGAUCUGUAUUUCAAUCGUUGCACAUGGGAUAGCACUUGCUUCAAGCAUAAGUUACACUUAUACUCUCAUUAAAGGCCUGCAAAUAAGCCAAGUGAGCGAGAUCAGCAUGCAUCUGAUUGUUGCACAUUUAUCUCUCAUAUUUUACUCGAUGCUGUUGGGCGGAACAAUCCUCGCGAGCUCUGUGUUGGCUAUUAAAUGUCCUAUAGAGGAGGAGCAAGACUUAGAGAAUCAACCUGUGACUCGCGAGCAUACAGAAUCCAAAACUGUACGGUUGAAGAAUUCAGCUCAAACGCUGACACCUGAACACGAUAUGGAAGAGCUGAUGGCGAAACCGCUUCAAAAUUGGAUGAAUAAUUGUCCGACAAUAUAUUCUGGAUCUGACACCACCUCAACACCUUCUGUUGUGAAAUAUAACCUAGAACAACAAAGCGUGCAGAAGCAAUAUAAAGAUCACGAUCAUUCCAAGACGUUUAGACAUAAGCUCGCAUUUUCUGGAAAAUUGGCCAAGAGUCCCAAGAUGGAAGCCCUUAAAAAAAUUGCAAAAGGGAAAUCCAGCCGAAACAGUUCACCAGAAUCACCUGUGAGUCCUUUAAAUGAAACACACGUUCGAUACGUGACAAGGUUGUCAACCAUUCAAGAUAAUUCUAGGAGUUUCCUUAACGUUUUAAGCAAUUCUCAGUGUGCGGAGGAAACACGCAAAAGUCUCAACUCUAUUUCACUCCCCGAAAAUGAAUCUAAAAGUGUCGUUGACCUGGAUAAUUCCAUGUUACUUAUGGAAAAGCAUGCUAUUGAUCGAAUUAAUAGCGCACUUUUACCUCCCUCUUUGCGAAAUAACGACACGAACAAGAAGUCACUCGAUGAUAACUUCAAAAACAACACGCUUGCUGAUAUAGCUGUGUCUAACACUAAUUGUGAUACCCUUUUGGUAAAUGACCUUCAAGAUAUCCCACAAAUACCAACCUGGGACGAGAAUCAUGAAAUUCCCGUUGCAAAUAAUAACUUUUUGAGAAGUACCAGUUUGAAAGAGUGGAAGUCAAACGGCGCACAACUUUUAGAGAAUGAAAGAAAGCUCAGUGCCUCAACAUCUCAACUACUUCCUGGGUUUAACUUCUACGCCAAUGCACAGUUACAAACAAAAUCAGAGUUCAGCUUUCCUGGAACUGCAAAAAAAUCGAUUCCUCGUCAUGAUAUGUUGGAAAACGAACACGGCGACACUGUAAGUGAGCUUGAUGUUCUGUUUACUGAAAACGCAAUCCAGUUUCAGAAAAAUGAAGAUGAAACAGACAUAAUGCAGGACGUAUUAAAACAAGAUAAUUCGUCGCCAAUCAUUCAGAAGAUGUCCAAAGAUUUGACAUAUAGAAUCGACCCACAUUCACCGACCAAGUCAAUCACAUCUAUCAUGUCUUCAUCUGCGAAUAACAGCGUGAAGUCACCCUCUAAAUUGGCUUCCAUAUUUUCUAAUGGAGGUUCAUCCAGUAUUGCAAACUAUUAUCAGCAUUCUAGGUCCAAUUCCCAGGUUACAGCGGCACCAUACCCAACAUCCAACUAUAUGAAUGCCAAUUACUCAGUUCAAUCCUCCCCGACUAAAAGUAAUAAAUUAAGAAGAAGUUUAACGAAAAAAAUUUCCCUUUCCAGCAUAUCUUUCAAGCACGACGAGCAUGAAACAAGUUUCAAUGACUGUUUUCACUCAUCUAGGCACAGUCGAGGCCAGAGUAUAGAUUUCAGUUAUGUCCACACGUUACAAAGUAAGCACUCACCCUCUAAAUCUCUGUCGACAAUAGGAAGGAGAAAUAGCACCAUAAAUGCAGGUGAACGGGGAUUAAGGUCAGUCAGCGCAUUAUUUUUUUUGCAAAAUGAAGAAGAAAGUAAAUCUCAGCAGGAAUGCAACAUAACUCUACCUGACGGAGAACUAUUGGAGGAGAAAGAUCAGUCUAGCGCGAUUAGCACAUCGUCGAAGUGCAGCGAUAUUUCCUACCCGAAGAAAGUUUUUAGUGAGUAUGACCGAGAAAAAUGGUCAACAAUCUUAAGUCUCGAGAAGAACGGCGGCAUUCAUCCACAACAUGCAUUGUAG